UACGAGUCCAGAGAUAUGGCAAAGUACAAGUGGUGCAGGAUUUAUUGAUUUAGUAAUACUUAUCAGUCACUGUGACUCUUUGGAAGAAAACGCACGAUACAGCUAUUAUAUAGGCAUACGAAUCUCAAUAGCUUUCACAAAUUACUAUCUACAUACAGCAAUAUAUUGAAAUAAACUGAGACUUCCGGUCAAGAAAUUUUGUUUGGAUUUUCAUUAUUUCAAAAAUCAAAACAAACCAUACUGUUACUGUUUGUGUUUGGUAAAACUUGAUAAAUAUCAGCAUGCAUUCAAGAAAUUAAAAAUACUAAUUGAAUGUUGUGAUUAGUUCUAAGUUCUUCAAAAGUGUAGAUUUCAUUUCCAAAGUAGACUACACUUUUAUCACUGCGACAGAUAGCUAUGAGUGAUCAGAUGAACAGUCGGAAUGACAGUGACAAUGAAGAGGAGAAGUUUGAGGAUGCUACUGAGACCCCAAAAGUGGGUACCACGUUGGACCUUGAGGAUGCCCUGGAACAGACUUGUAUUGCUAUGAAGCUUUUUCUAAACAAUAAAUUUGCAGAGGCUAAGGCAAGAUUUGAACCAUGGGCACAUUGCAGUAUGUACCAUGGCUUGGGAUAUUCCACAAUAAUGUAUCUACAAGCUGUCAUGACAUUUGACAUGACAGACAUUGAGACUGCCAUUGAAACAGUAAAGGCAGCAGUUAGCGUAUGUAACAAGAAGCGGAAGAAAACAUCAAUGGCACAGUCAUUCACCCGGGCCCUCUCAAAGACAAACUAUGAUGAAUAUACUGAAGAGGAAUGUCAUGCUGAGCUGUGUUAUGCUGAAUGUCUCCUUGAGAGGGCGCUGUUAACAUUUAUUCAGGAUGAAAAUCUAAUCAGCUUCGUGAAGGGUGGUCUCAAAAUACGAGCAUGUUAUUUGUCAUAUAAAGAAUGUGCCAAAAUGUUAAAAUAUAGAAAUUGGAAAGACCAGAAAAUGAAGAUGCACUUUGAGAGUGGCGUACAUAUGGGUCUUGGAGCGUUUAACCUUAUGAUCUCACUGCUUCCCACAAAGGUACUAAAACUCCUGGAGUUUGUAGGCUUCUCAGGGAAUAAGUUACUUGGGCUUGAAGAACUAGAAGCGGGAGCAGCUCUUACAACUAGUCUAAGGGGUCCACUUUGCACCCUCAUCCUAUUAGGUUACCACACACUUAUAACAUACGUCUUAGGAACUGCAGAUGGAGAUAUAGGUGUAAGUGAGAGAGUGCUGGCGCCAUGUAUAAAGGACUUUCCUAAGAGUGCUCUGUUCCUCUUUUUCAAAGGCAGGAUUGAGGAGAUAAAGGGAAAUAUAGAUAGCGCUAUAAUCAAGCUCGAUGAGUCCAUAGAGUCGCAGACAGAAUGGCGACAGUUUCACCAUCUUUGUUACUGGGAGCUCAUGUGGUGUUACUGUUUCAAACGUGACUAUUUGAUGGCGAUGAAGUACGCUGAGAGGUUGUGCAAUGAGAAUAGAUGGAGUAGAGCUACAUACAUGUACCAAAAGGCAGCAUUCCUACUCAUGUGUCCAGACACAACCCCUGACACCAAAGACCAUCUCAGAUAUCUCUUUACUGAAGUGCCAAACUUGAAGCAAAGGAUUGCCGGUAAAUCCAUUCCAAUUGAGAAGUUUGCAGUAAAGAAAUCUGCCAGAUACUUGGCCCAGAAUGAACGACUUACACUCCCGGCUCUUGAGCUGAUCUAUGUGUGGCAUGGGUUUGCUGUAUUGGCCAAACAUCCAGCUUUACUAGAGCCCUUCAUGAACAUUGUAGAGUCAGAGCUGAAUAUCAUUGUAGAGAAUAAAGAUAAAUACGAGAACUAUGCUGAUGACUACUGUCUGGCACUACUCCUGAAGGGGGUCAUAUUGAAACACAUGGGCAAGCUGUUCCAAGCUGAGCAGUGCUUCAGAGAAAUAUGGCAGAAUGAAAAACAAUUGAAAGUCGACCAAUAUCUAGUCCCCUAUUCCAUCAUGGAGCUGGCAAUUGCUGAAAUAGAUGAGGAAAAGUAUGAUGACGCAAAGAAACUCUUAGACACAGCAAGGUUCAAGUACAAGGGAUACUCUCUUGAAACUCGUCUACAUUUCCGGAUCCGUGCGGCUAACCUUAUGAUCAAACAGCGCCUGGGUAGAGGGCGUGAGGAUGAUUUAGACUCUGAAGAGGUUGUAGCAGAACCCACCACCCCUACUAAGUCUCAAACAGACUCUCCAUUGAAAACGGAAGUUAACGGAGUGACGGAGAAACUGGAUUUGACAUCUUUAUGAUUUUAUCACAAGGAUGUCAGAUUUUCUGUUUAUGAUUGAAUAACAGAUGGGUUGUAAUGUUACUGUUCUGUUGUAACAUUCACUUGUCAUGAGCAUUGAACAAAUAUCUUGGCUUAGGAUAGAGGGGGAAUACCCAGAAUUCAUUGAUGAACCUUUCUUCAUAAUGUAAAUGA